AUGUCUCGACGUGCGACUCCUUCCCAGGCUGCGCAGAACCAGCAGGUCAUCAAGAACCUGCUGAAAAUCGAAUGCAAUAAGAUAUGUGCUGAUUGCAAGCGCAACAAGCACCCGCGAUGGGCCUCAUGGAAUUUGGGAAUCUUCAUAUGUAUCCGUUGCUCGGGCAUCCACAGGGGGAUGGGUACCCAUAUCAGCCGAGUGAAGUCUGUCGAUCUCGAUUCGUGGACCGAUGAACAACUCCAGAGUGUUAUCAAAUGGGGCAAUGCCAGAGCGAACAAGUAUGUGUCGAGCCAUACUGGGAAGCCAAACUGGCACCUGGUCACGUCCCCUCGGAAGCGUGAGUCGGCCUCGCCGUCACAGCAGUAUACCAACGCUAAUGGAAACAUGGAUAGUAAGAUCGAGAACUUUAUUCGCACCAAAUAUGAAUCAAAGCGGUGGGUUAUGGAUGGGCCAAUGCCCGACCCGGCAACGUUGGACGUGGGUGACGACAACGUGCCUCUUGCAGUCGUCCAGGAAAAGGCAAAGAUCGAGCGUUCCUCGUCUCAGCGAGUAGCGAAUACAAGCCAACCUCCGAUCACGCAUCGCCCCCAAGCAUCUAUUGACUUCUUCGGUGAUAACGAGCCAAUUACUCCCCCGGUUCGCCCUAGCACCACAGAUCCCACGCCGCGGAUCGCUGCGCCCAGGCAACAGUCGCAAUCACAGCCUGCCACAAAGCCGGCUCGACCGGGUGAUUCGUUGCUGGGACUCGAUUUCUUCGGGAGCGCUCAGCCGGCGUCCACCAGCCGUCCAGCCAGUACCGCUUCUACCCCUGGUGGCUCGGCCGGGAUGUCUCGACCUGAUUUGAAACAAUCCAUCCUGUCUCUUUAUUCCAAGCCCCAGCCUCCCGUACAACAUGAGCGCGAGUCUUCGUUUGGAGAUUUAGCAUCUCCGGCCCCGCAAUCGUCGUCUUCCAACUUGGGCGGAUUGACCGACGCGUUCAGCGGACUGAGCUUCCCCUCGACCACUUCCCCGCCUUCCAAGCCAGCCGAAAAGCCCUCGCCUUUUGCCAACUUGACGACCUUUGCCAGUGCAAAAUCCAGUCCGGCGGCUCCCAAGAUCACGUCACCCACCGCCUCAGCCAGCAGUGGCCUCGGUGGCGGUCUCUUUGACAGUCUUACCUCUCCGACUAUCCCACCUGCGAAGCCUCAGCCCCAGUCGCGUACCGAUUCCAUCCCGCCCAAUAGCCAUUAUUUGGGCUUUACCAGCUUUGCCACUGCUCCCUCGCCCAAGCCGAAUCCUCCACGGUCAUCUUUUUCCAAUGAUCUCUUCGGACUCUCUUCGACCCCGGCUCCUGCAGCUCCUGCAGCUGCACCGCCUACGAUGGCGUCGCCUCAGCAGGAGCUCAAAUCCGCUUUCAACCUGAGCAGUCCGGCUCCUGCCCCAGCUCCGACCCCAGCUCCGAAACCGGUAACCUCAACAUCCACAGUCUCUGUUGCGAGCAUGAUCCCCAACGUGGACCCUUGGGGCGGUAACGAAUGGAGUACUCCCGAGCCCGCUGCCGCUGCCUCAUCCACCUCAAGCAUGAUGAAGAUUCCCGACACACUGACAGCCAACGACAUCGGCGCCGGUUGGGGAGCCCCGUCCUCCCCCAGCGCAACCUCAAAACCCGCACCCACCGUAGCCGCCGACGAAGACUUUGGCGGUUGGGCCAGUGCCGCACCCAUCUCGACUACGACCACAACGACAACCACGACCACGACGACCUCGAGCGCUCCCCCUAAACCGGCUGGCGGGUUUGGCGGAGCUGAUGAUCUAUUCUCUAAUGUUUGGCAGUAG